AUGGACCUCAAAACAUUAUUGUCAAUGCUGAAGAAAGCAAAUAUUGUUUCUAUUAUAAAAAAACUAAACCAGUUAUUGAAUUUACAAAGCAGUCAGGAAGCUGUUGUUGCUGAAAGUACUUUGUCUUUAGCCCAAAGUAGGCAAAAUGCCAGAGCUGUUAUUGCUAAAAAUACUUUGCCAUUGAUCCUAAAUUAUGAUAAAAGUAAUAAAACUGGAAUUGAUAAUAAAAAUAAUGAAGAUGAAUUUUUUUAUGAUUUUGGUGAUCUUGAAGAACUCAUGUUUGUUAAUUUCAAAGAUAAAGCUGAAAAAUUUUGUAAAAUUAUUAAUAUCAUGAUUGUGUUUUUUCAAACAGGAUCAGGGUAUUAUUGA